GUCAGCUUCGGCAGCCGGAGAUCGGUGACAAUCCCGAGAAGCCCCGAUACCCCUCCUGCCCCCGGACCCCUAUUUAUCAAAGAGCUCCGAAGGGGGGCAAAUUCCCACAACCUGUGCUGAGUCCGCAUUCCGAGCAGAGAAGAUGGUGCUAAUAACAGAUGUACCCAGUGACCUGACCCCGGAGGAGCGGCAGGAACUGGAGAACAUUCAGCGUCGGAAGCAAGAGCUGUUGGCAGACAUACAGCGGCUGAAGGAUGAGAUAGCCGAAGUUACGAAUGAAAUUGAAAACUUGGGAUCCACCGAGGAGAGGAAGAUCAUGCAAAAGAAUAAACAGGUAGCCAUGGGAAGGAAGAAAUUCAACAUGGACCCUAAAAAGGGCAUCCAGUUUCUCAUCGAGAACGAGCUGCUGAAGCAUACGUGCGAGGACAUCGCGCAGUUUCUGUACAAGGGAGAAGGACUUAAUAAGACGGCCAUCGGAGACUACUUGGGCGAGAGAGACGACUUUAAUAUUCAAGUCCUUCAUGCAUUUGUGGAGCUUCACGAAUUUAUGGACCUUAACUUGGUACAGGCUCUUCGUCAGUUCUUGUGGAGUUUCCGCUUGCCGGGGGAGGCUCAGAAGAUCGAUCGUAUGAUGGAGGCAUUCGCUCAGCGCUACUGCCAGUGCAACCCCGGGGUCUUUCAAUCUACAGAUACAUGCUAUGUCCUGUCCUUCGCCAUCAUCAUGCUGAACACAAGCCUGCACAAUCCAAACGUCAAAGACAAACCAGGCGUUGAGCGGUUUAUAGCUAUGAACCGUGGGAUCAACGAUGGUGGUGACCUUCCAGAGGACCUGCUGAGGAAUCUGUUUGAUAGUAUCAAGAACGAGCCCUUUAAGAUCCCAGAAGACGAUGGCAAUGACCUAACCCACACCUUCUUCAACCCGGACCGAGAGGGCUGGCUCUUGAAGUUGGGAGGGGGCCGCGUGAAGACAUGGAAGAGACGCUGGUUCAUUCUGACCGACAACUGUCUGUACUACUUUGAGUACACAACGGACAAGGAGCCCAGAGGGAUAAUUCCCUUGGAGAAUCUCAGCAUCCGCGAGGUGGAAGAUUCCAAGAAGCCCAACUGCUUUGAGCUCUACAUCCCGGAUAACAAAGACCAAGUCAUCAAAGCCUGCAAGACCGAGGCGGAUGGCCGGGUGGUGGAGGGCAACCACACUGUGUAUCGGAUCUCUGCGCCCACGCCGGAGGAGAAGGACGAGUGGAUUAAGUGUAUAAAGGCUGCCAUCAGCAGGGAUCCGUUCUACGAGAUGUUGGCUGCGCGAAAGAAGAAAGUCUCUUCGACCAAGAGACAUUAAGAGCACGCGUGGUGGCCGCGGCCCUCUAAGACAGUGCCUCUUUCACCUGCCAAUGCUGGUGGACUCUUUAGCUCUGUUCAGGUGUUGCUAAUCUGGUUGAUUUGGACAAAAAUUGAGGAGGAUCCCCAGCGAGUGGGAAUAUUCAAGUUUUACUCGGCCUCGAGUGCGUCGAUCCUACGGGCUGAAGUUCCACAUUCCAUUAAUGACCCUUCUUGGUGUGCGUCAUGUUCCUUUACCCACAUGAGGUCCCAAGGGCAUCCUUUGAGCCACCUACAAUCCCUACAGAGGCAAUGUAUGUUAUCUUUGUUGUAAAUAAGAACCUUCAGAACGUUUAUUUUUUCCCUUAAGCUGUAAAUAGGGACAACAGCCAUGUUUCUUAACCUAGCGUGGACAACCUCAACUUACUGGAUUUAGAAAGUUCCUCCCAGGACCCAAGUGACAUACUGGACCUCCGCUCGUAGAGUAAGUCCUCCUGAACCAAAAUGCCCGGCGGAACUCAUUCCAUUCAAGGAACAAGACAUGUUCUUAAGGAUGGAGAUCUUUACCGCCAUCAGAGGAAGCAAUCGGUACUUUGAGAAUCUUUUUCCUAAACCUUUGGGGACCUGCCGUGCAAUGAUAAUAAUGUGACGGGAACCCAUAUUCUGGUAUAAAGGUUAAAUGUUUAUUAACCAAAACUCAGGUUUUCUUACCUAACUUACUGUGGGAACCUGGGUCUGUCAGCCUUUAGAAGAUCUGUGGAUAGACAGUACAGAGAACAAGAGAAACCUCUUAACUGUGCGUAAACAAAGCCAUCGUCUAUGGUCUUUUUUUUUUUUCUAUCGGAAGUAAAUAAUUUAGCUUUUUUUUUUGUAAAGUUUUCCUUUGGUACUUGUCCCUUAGAGGGGGGCCUGUGCAGUGAAACAGUGUUACCUUAUUCUAUUUAUAAAAAGGUGUAAAUAUUUUGCCUGUAGUUUUUGUUUUGUAUUUUUCUUCUCUUAUUUUAUUCUCCAAAGAAAUCUAUUCUUCAAGGCAGGGAGUACAAAAGCCUUAUUAAAAACCCCAUUAAAAUGCACGCGGCCAGCUUAAAUAUUGUGUUAAUUUAUCUUCCUCUGCUACGGCCCGCCAGAGUAACGCAGGGAAUGGAGUAGCCAAUAAAUGAUUACGACUA